GUUCAGAGGAAGAUGGCGGUGCAGUCGGUGGCUUCUCCCGUUGAGUUGCGUGAUGAGGCCGCUCAGGGAGCUUCGUGCGUGACGACGUCGACGUGCCAGAUCUGCUUGGAAGCGUCGGACACGGUGGUGUUAGCACUGUGUGGUCCAACUUGUCCUGCCAUCGUGUGCUCCACUUGCAUCCAAGAGUACCUCGAGGUCCAGCAAAAGUCCCUUCCUGCCGGAGUUCUUUCGACGGUCGCAUGUCCGAUAUGCUUGAUUCCCGUCGCGUUCGAGCGAUGGCGAAGUGUGGGCUCCUCCGAGGCCUGUAUUCACACAGUCGACAACAUCCAACUGCAACUCGCUGCGUCGUGCGAUGUCCUGUGCCCUUCGUGCCACGCCAUCAAUAACGUCUUGCCUCCUUGCAAGUACCAGAGCGGGUACGACGACAGCCUUCGUUUUGACCAACGAGAGGCAUUGGCCCAAUUCUGUCGCUACGAAUUGACGAUUUCAGAGCUGUGGCCUAACAUUCAAUCCGCCUCCCACGACCAGCUUCUUCAGUACAUUUCCCAUCGUGUCCAAGACGUCGAGCGCCGCGCCUCGCUGUUCCUUCGCAUGAUGCGGUCACAUCCGUUCAUUACGUCGACAUGCUGCAAUGCCAGGCUAUGCUUUACGUGCAAAACGCGAGAGCAUCACGACGGGGUGUCGUGCGAGGCCUCGAUGAUGCUCAACGACAUGGGGCAAUGCCCCAACUGCCAGAUCACACUUGUCAAGGGCGACGGGUGCGACUACGUGUAUUGCUUUUGCAAGUUUGGCUUUAGCUGGUCGUGGGGCUUGAUGUGGUUCAAAUUCAGCCAAGCCCCCAUUACGGCCAAGGCGCGGCUCCGCCAAGUGUUUGUGCGGUACCUGUAUCGCCGCCGCUUUCAACGCCAGGUGCUAGUGUCCAUGGUGCUUCGCAUUCAAGUGACGAAGUACCGACGGCUGUACGUAGCCAUUUGCGCGUUUCUCCGCAUGCGAAGGUGGAGAAGGCGGCUGUACGCGGUCAUCCUCGACUGCGUAGCCACAGUCACGCUGAUCGAGAUUCAAAGCCAUCGUAAGCCGUUUCUAUGCGUGUGCGAGUACCUUCGACGCCAAAUGUGGCGGCGGCGGCUCGUGACCAACGUGCUCACAAGUCCAGCCUUCCACGACGCCAUUGGAGAACGACGUAACGCACAUUGCAUCAACAUUAUGACCACCCAAAGUCAUGCCAUUCGAGGCCCCAUGGAACGGUUGAAGACAAAGAUGAUCGAUGGCCUGUAUCGACGACGAAUGGAUGCCGUCAUGGUGGCCAUCACGACCAAGGCUUCGUGGAUUGCGUACUGGGCGACCGUGACGGAGGAAGACCAGGUCGCGCUGGAUGACGACAUGCAUAGCUACUUGGACAUCAUGGGCGACUUUGACAUCUAAGUACUGUACGUCGUGUUCAAUAAGUGUACAUGCAGCAUACUGUACAUCAUUUACCACCCCCUGGGAACCACAACUGCGAUG